GCCGAACCAGCCGCGCGUCGAUCGAUCAGCCUGCGUGCCCGCUGCCGGCCGGUGUCGCGCCAGAGGCCCGCCCCUCGUGCCGUCACGCGAGGCACGAAGAUCAGCGGAAGGGAGCAGCGAUGCUCGCGCUUCUGAGCACAGCGAUGCUGUACAGUGCGGCUUGGCACAGCAGUGCCGGCGUGUUCCGGCACGUCGUGCUCCAUCCGACCCAUUCCGGCCCAGCGGCGGCAGUCACGAUGGCAUCAACCGACGACGAGAACGAGAUGCCCUAUGAGGGGCCUCCGCUGCCUGCCAAGGUGUGUUCGCUGCUCAUGCAGUGCGCGAUCCAGGCGCAGCUCUCCUACUACAACGAGUUCAAGAAUGAGAUGCGCGCGCGGUGGCUGGAGUCCUUCCUCGGCCACGCGCACCUUAGAGUGGAGCGCACCGGAGGACGCAAGAGCUCAGGCUACCCGCUCUACCGCGGCCUGAGCGAUGGCCUGCGCUGCUCGUGGACCGAGUACCUGCAGACCAUGCUCCGAGGCAAGGUGGAGCGCUACGAGGUACGCUACAAGAUCGGCACGGCUGACGCGGCUGACACUGCGGGGUCGGCCGCGAGCGCCGCGGCGGCUGCUGGUGCAGGUUCGGCGGGCGACGCGAGCGAGGCGCCGUGGGCAGCCGCGUCGGCCUCGCGCGCGGCCAACCCGUACCUCAAGCAGUCGGGCCCGCAGUACAAGGAGUACAGCGAGGUGGUCGAGCCGCGCCGCGUCGCGCAAGGGCUGAUGUCCAUCUGCCGCCAGCUGGCCCUCGAGUGGAGCAGCGACCUGCUGAGCGUGUCGUCGGAGAGCCUGUACUUGGGCGACGUGUGCGGGAGCGGCGGCGGCGGCGACGGCGGCGGCGGAAGGGCCGACCCCUUCGACGGGAGCGGCGUGGGCGGCGUCCAGAACGGUGGCGAUGCCUUCGCCACCCGUGACGUCGACUGCAGCGAGCGGCAGGACGUGGCGCCCUCCACGCCCCUCGGCGAGUACUUGGCAGGCAACGUGACGGUCGACGCACUGUGCAUGGACCCACGAAUCGCGCUGCCGCCGGCGUUGUACGCCUCGACGCGCGCCGCGUCGGGCAAGUGGAGCUCCGACUUUUCGGAGGCAUCCUCGCCCUUUCGUGCGUCCAACCUCGACCUGCUGCAGCGGGCGUGCACGCGCGAGGCGGCGCUCUCGGCCUUGCGCGACUUGGACGAGGAGCAGAACGAGUCGAACUCGCACGCGGCGUCGGCGGAGUGGCUGCGCGAGAAGCUCGACGAGUGGCUGCCGCGGUUUGAGUCGCCGCGGCGACACCAGCUCGCGGGCCUGUUCGUGCUCGAGUUGCUCUCGAGCUCACCGCAGCCGCGCCAGCUAAGCAGCGGCGGGCUGGGGAUGACCGAGCCGGCGCUGGUGGCGUCGCGCGUGCUCGCGCACCGGGAGGCGAUAGCGCGGGAUUGGGCCGCCGCGGUCGCGGGAUCGGUGCCGACCGCGCUGCAGGAGCUUCUGCGGGAGGACCUCGAGGAGCAGCUCAACGCGGAGAGCGAGGAGCGGCCGCCACCGCUGCAGUAGCGGGGGGAGGGGGGGGCAAAGGGGAGGGGAAAAGGGGGGCUACAUCAGAGUCCACCUACACAAUGAUUCAUGUAUCAUGGCAAUAUCAAU